UUGUGGAGUGUUGCCUAAAUCUGAUAUAUUAUUUUUUUUCUUUACAACAAAUAUUAUAAAAAAAUAAAAAUAGUAAAUGUUAUGAAAAGGGAUGUGUCGAUGAUUGAAUGGUGAACCAAUAUUUUGAAAUAGCUUGUUCUCUCUGGAUUCUCGCUGCUCCAUCAAUGGCCCCAUCUCCCACAAUUUUCACGACUCUAAUUUAGUUUGGAGUUUCCCUCAGAGACGAUAGAUAGAUUGAGACACCAAUUUCAAAAUCUAGGGUUCCCUCAUUUCCCUCCUCCUCCUCCUCCAAUUGUUUUUAGCUUCUUCUUCUUCUUCUUCUUCUUCUUCUUAUCAUCGUCGUCGUCACGAAGAAGGGGAGGGGGGGGGGCGUGAACAGUCGGAGAGGCAGGGUGGGGGAAGCAAUCUAAAUGUCAACAACAAUGGACUCGAUUCUUUUCUAUCUCAGCAGAGCCUUCUGCACCCCUUUCUCCGUCUUCGUUCAGAUCCAGGGAUGUGUUAUAUGCUUACUCCUUGCUCUAGGCUGGUUAAUGGCUGCUUAUGUCAGGAACCGAGAGGUUAAGAGAAUCAAAAACAGCAUGAAAGCUGGAAACAGCUUUGCUUUCCUCUAUCAAGACAUCAACGAACUCGAGCACUCUAAACAGGCUCAACUCCCCAGGGUUUCCGUUAUCAUGCCUCUCAAAGGUUUUGGAGAACACAAUUUGCACAACUGGAGAAGUCAGAUUACGUCUCUCUAUGGUGGACCGUUGGAAUUCCUAUUUGUUUUAGAAAGUACUGAAGACCCUGCUUAUCAUGCUGUUUCCCGUCUCUUAUCUAUGCAUCAGGAUCAAGUUGAAGCUAAGGUUGUUAUUGCUGGUUUAGCUACGACUUGCAGCCAGAAAAUUCAUAAUCAGUUGAUUGGAGCUGAGAAAAUACACAAAGAUACCAAAUAUGUUUUAUUCUUGGACGAUGAUGUUAGUCUGCAUCCUGGAACAGUUGGAGCUCUCACUGCUGAGAUGGAGAAAAAUCCAGAGAUAUUUAUUCAAACUGGGUAUCCUCUAGACUUGCCCUCUGGAACUCUUGGAAGUUAUUGCAUCUAUGAGUACCACAUGCCUUGCUCAAUGGGAUUUGCAACUGGUGGGAGAACAUUCUUUUUAUGGGGAGGAUGCAUGAUGAUGCAUGCUGAUGAUUUCAGACAAGACCGCUAUGGUGUUGUCUCUGGCUUACGUGAUGGUGGAUACUCAGAUGAUAUGACACUUGCCUCUCUAGCAGGUGCUCACAAGAGGCUCAUUACAUCUCCUCCUGUUGCUGUUUUCCCUCAUCCUCUUGCAAGUGAUCUAAGCUUUGGACGGUACUGGAACUACUUGAGAAAGCAAACUUUUGUGCUAGAGUCUUACAUAUCCAAUGUUAACUGGAUAAUGAACAAGGUUUUGUUUGCCGUCCACUGUUACCUAUCAUGGGGUUUUGUUGCACCAUAUGUUAUGGCUGUCGUCCACAUCACAUCAGCUUUGAGAAUCUACAUCAAGGGCUAUCAUCAACUCGAAGACACGACCACUGCUUCUUGUGGUAUGUCUCUUGUUAUCAUGCUGGCAAUCUGCACCUUCAUCGAACUUCUUUCAAUGUGGAAUUUGACAAGACGAGAAGUGACGCUAUGCAAUUUGUUGUCCCCCGAGGCUCCCCGGCUCUCUCUUGCACCUUACAACUGGGGACUUAUAUUCAUAGCAAUGCUAGUGGACAACUUUCUAUACCCGAUCUCAGCAUUCCGUUCUCACUUUUCUCAAUCCAUAAACUGGUCUGGAAUUAGAUACCACUUGAGAAAUGGAAAGGUUUUCAAGAUUGAGAGAAGGAAUGAUAUGGUACCAGCAAAGACUGAUUUAGGAGGGAAACACUUGUAUGGUAAGAAGGGAGCCCCACAGAAAGCUUCCUUCUUAAGCUCAUUGGGAAGAAAUUUUGCUCACUGGCGACAGCCGAAGAAGUUUGAUCUUUAAAAAGUUCGGUUUUUUUCUUUUUAAUACAGUACAGUAGAGAAGCGAAGUUCCCAUUGAUUCUUUGAUAUGUUUUGUGAUUCUUUUUCCAGAGGAAGGGGAGGGGGAAGAUUUGGUCUUAUGUUUUUUUAUUAACCUUUUUUUUCCUUGGGUACAAAAUUAUUAUUGGUGAAGAAGAAAUGCAUUAUUCCCCUCUGGGAAAUUUUUAAUUUAUUGAUUUCGUUCUGUUUGUUUUA